GGGUGGGGGGCGUUCUUGUGGGCGCCACGCCCCUACAGGAAGGAAGGGGGAGAGCGCGCGCGCGUUUGUGUGUGUGUGUGUGUGCGUGUGUGUGUGUACGCGUGUGUGUGCGUGUGUGUGUGUUUAGGAAUACACUUAGAAGGGAGGGGGCGGCCAGGGUGGGCCACCGGAUUGAAAAAUUGGAACAUCACUGGGGCUAUUGCUGGUAGGACUCAGGCUUCUAACGUUUCAGGAGAGUGCUCUCGGGAGUUGGCCCCGGGAAGGAGUUUGACGGAGAUUGGGAAUUACAUCCAUGGCACAGUUUUGGAAGCAGAGGGGGAGGUGCGGGUGAAGGGAAGGGAGAAAAGAAUGCUUGUAGAAGGUGCCAGCAUCUAGGUGUGGAAUGGAUUUAGUUCAGACUGGGAGAGCUGGCCGAUUAAAACACUGCACACCCUAAGAAGCUUGGGAGAUGUGGGGCGAUUAGUGUGUGGCACUAACAAGGCGAGAACAGGAGGAGAAAUGUUCUUUUCUGUAUUUCUUAAAAGACAGUCUCCACACACUAGUGCUUUCGGUUACUUUUCCUAUAGUGCGGUUAGGUGCUGUCUUUCCUUUAUCUUGAGCCUUAUAUGUGUAUACAUAUUGAUGAGAUGGCUGUUUUGGGGUGCAAUAUGUGAGUGAGGUAGGAACUUUGUAUAACCUUGUGGAGUGUUUAAGGAAGGGUUUUUGAUGAUAGAGUCAAGGGGUCUAAUUUAGGUAGGGAGUCUUAGAAAUCCUUUUGGGUAUAUAAUAGAUUAGAGAGUGUCAUGAUGUUUAAAUAUUCUGCAGGUUAACACAGAAAUCAGCCUCCUGGGCCAUGUCGGUUCUAAGGCCUGUUUCCUGUCAUGAGCCUCAGCAGAAGACGGACUCGCCAGCCCUCACAGUGGAUGACUUCCCCUCCCUGAACAAGAGAUGGGAUAGUACCGGGGAUCUGCCUAUCACCAGACUCUGGGCUUAAUAAACCAGCUGAAUGAAGGGAUGUAAUAGACCUCUGGGAGGGACACUGAAGCCUGCAGUGGGGGGGGAGGGGCCUGGACAUACCCCUUCCCCCCCAGACUCCUCCCCCUCAGAGUCCACUCAGCCAUGGACUUUGGACCUGGACAAGAGGAGAGAAGCCGCACUUUGUUUGGUGUAUCUGAUUUGGGAUUCUCAGUUUGGAAAUGGAGUGCUGGAUGGGGGUUUGAUGAUUUCCAGGGGAGCAGCUGAGAGAAGAGAAGAAAGUCCAGUUGCGUUGGCUGAUCCCUCCAACAGAACGUUAAACAGUCGUGUAGAUCUGGGGUGGCUUGGCUUUGCUCCUGACCUUCGUGAGAAUGCCUCUGGUGCUUCCUCAUUAGGUGCGUGGCUGCUUCCUAAGCCUGGAGCCCAGAGGAAACAUCCCUAGGACUGUGGGAGCGUGAGCCGGGCAAGCCAAGGGCAGCCUCGAGCCCCAGCCUUGCCCGCCUCCCCCGCGGGGGCCAGGAUGCUGAAGAAGCAGUCUGCAGGGCUUGUGCUGUGGGGCGCCAUCCUCUUUGUGGCCUGGAACGCCCUGUUGCUCCUCUUCUUUUGGACGCGCCCUGCGCCUGGCACGCUGCCCUCAGACAGUGCUCUCGAUGACGACCCCGCCAGCCUCACCCGUGAGGUGAUCCGCCUGGCCCAGGACGCCGAGGUCGAGUUGGAGAGGCAGCGGGGGCUGUUGCAGCAGAUCAGGGAGCAUCAUGCUAGGUGGAGCCAGCGGUGGAGGGCGCCCACCGCGGCCCCGCCUGUCCUGCCGCGAGCGCCUGUGACCUCUCCGCCGGCUGUGAUCCCCAUCCUGGUCAUCGCCUGUGACCGCAGCACUGUCCGGCGCUGCCUGGACAAGCUGCUGCAUUAUCGGCCUUCGGCUGAGCGCUUCCCCGUCAUCGUCAGCCAGGACUGCGGGCAUGAGGAGACAGCCCAGGUCAUCGCCUCCUACGGCAGCGCCAUCACGCACAUCCGGCAGCCUGACCUGAGCAACAUCGCGGUGCCACCCGACCACCGGAAGUUCCAGGGCUACUACAAGAUUGCUCGGCACUACCGCUGGGCGCUGGGCCAGGUCUUUCACAAGUUCAAGUUCCCGGCGGCGGUGGUGGUGGAGGAUGAUCUGGAGGUGGCUCCAGACUUCUUCGAGUACUUCCAGGCCACGUACCCGCUGCUGAGGGCCGACCCCUCCCUCUGGUGUGUGUCCGCCUGGAACGACAACGGCAAGGAGCAGAUGGUGGACUCAAGCAAGCCUGAGCUGCUCUACCGCACAGACUUUUUCCCUGGCCUGGGCUGGCUGCUGUUGGCCGAGCUCUGGGCUGAGCUGGAGCCCAAGUGGCCCAAGGCCUUCUGGGACGACUGGAUGCGCCGGCCGGAGCAGCGGCAGGGCCGGGCCUGUGUGCGGCCUGAAAUCUCCAGAACGAUGACCUUUGGCCGCAAAGGUGUGAGCCAUGGGCAGUUCUUUGACCAGCACCUCAAGUUUAUCAAGCUGAACCAGCACUUCGUGCCCUUCACCCAGCUGGACCUGUCCUACCUGCGACGGGAGGCCUAUGACAGGGAUUUCCUUGCGCGUGUCUACAGUGCUCCCCUGCUGCAGGUGGAGAAACUGAGGACCAGUGAGCGGAGUGAGCUGGGGGAGGUGCGGGUGCAGUACACGAGCAGGGACAGCUUCAAGGCCUUCGCCAAGGCCCUGGGAGUCAUGGAUGACCUCAAGUCCGGUGUCCCCAGGGCCGGCUACCAGGGCAUCGUCAGCUUCCUGUUCCGGGGCCGCCGUGUCCACCUGGCCCCACCCCAGACCUGGGCCGGCUAUGACCCUAGCUGGAAUUAGCAGCACCUGCCUGCCCCUCCUGGGGCCUCUCGUGGCCAUAUCAUGGCCUAAGAUGGGACCGCAGUCCCUGGGCUGCAUCAUCCUCUCUUGUGUUUCUCUUUUGGGUCCAUUUAUCUUCUGGUUUGUUUUUUUUUUCUUUCUUUGAGUGGCAUUCAAGUGCACAGAUGAUAAGGUGAGGCUUAUUCUCCCGUUCUCAAGGGGGUCAAAUCAGGGGAAUCUUUCUGGGGUAUGUUGGGGGAGUUACUAAGCAGGAAACCACUGUGUGGUAGGGAGAGACUUGGGCUUGUUGGGGCCACAAAAAUCCACGUUCCAGGUUUUCUCCUAGGACAUCUGUGGAGAGGUUGGCAACUUUAGUUCUCUUGAUGAGGCCUCUUUUCCCUGUCCUGGCUAUUCUAGCCAGAGUAUGAGCCCUCCUCCUGUACCUGUCCCCCACCAUCUCCACCUUCCCGCAGUUGGAGCAAGGUGGGAGGCUGGAUUAUGUGAGAAGGAGAUGUACUUGUGGCCAAAAUGAGACUAACCAAAGGGGUUUCAUCAUCCUCAGGGUCUGGGCGGAGCUGUUAGGUUGUCAGGGUUGCUCCCUCCUGCCUGUAUUUCUCUUCUUCCCCCUCUCCUUUAUCCCUGACCUCCUCUCAGCUCUUCUUUCCCUGCAGUUCGUGAUUCCAAGAUGAAACGGUGAAGGGGACAAGCAGAACCUCUCCUCAGCUCACCUGCUGGGGUGGGGGGAAAAGCCUUGGGUGCUGGGGCGCCCCUCCCUCAUCCUUCCUCCAAGAAACAGACUGCCCCCUAUCCCGUCCUUUCUAAAAACCAAUCCUUUCCCCGUCGCUCUGGGACGGUUCAUGCUAGCCCGGCCCGUGGCUUCUGGAGGCCCUCUCGGUGUGAGGUAGAGCAGCCAAGACCAUUCAGCCCAGCCUCCUUCCCUUCUCCCCCAAGCAUUCCCUUCCCGUGUGCACAGAUCAGGACGCAGAUGGCGGGUUGGAGAGCAACGUGUGUGUUUUUCUUUCUUGCCUGACCUCAGUUCAUGGAAGAAAGUUGAAGCUACAGAAUUAUUUUCAAAAAUAAAGCCUGAAUUGUCGAAAAA